UAAAUAAAAGAGUGGUCAAACAUGCCUUAGAAAAAGGGGAAACUACACUAAAAUUGAUCAAGGUAUAUACGUAGUGAUGAUAUAUAAUAAUAAUAAUAAUAAUAAAAUAUGUAUUAGAUCCGAUUCCAGGGAGGUUAUAUUUAGUGGAGACACAGAUUGUAAAAUAGUCAAAACAGGUUUAUAUUAUAUAUAGUCAAAACUAGUGCUUAUUUAUGCCACAAACAUGGUUCUUUCUUUAUAUAGUCAGAAAACCCAAAACAAGGAUUAUAUAUAGUCAAGACAAAAUAAAACAAAGCCAUGCAUGCAUGCAUAUACCUACCUAUGCCUGGUUAUUUUUUUUAUUAUUAUUAAUAGCCACAAGACAACAAGACAAGACAAAAAUAGUUCAUUUUCUUUCUCUUUCUCUCUCUCUCCAAGAAAAAGAAAAAAAGAAGAUUUGAUCUUGUCUUUUGGGUUUAGGUUGUUGUUUGAGAAAGUAAACAACAACUUAAUUAAUAAGAAAUAAAAAUAAUAAUGUGGUUUCCAAAGCACCAUUCAGAGAGAAAAGGAGGGAAUGGAUUGGUGGCAGUGGCCAUAGACAAAGACAAGAACAGCCAAAAUGCCCUUAAAUGGGCUAUUGACAAUAUUCUCCAAAGAGGCCAAACUGUUGUUCUUAUUCAUGUCAAGCUCAAACAAAACUCCAAUUCUUCUUUUUCUACAAAGGUGGCAGAGGAUAGUUCACUUUCCAAAGAACCUGAUGCCCAGACCAGGGAGUUGCUCCUCCCUUUUCGUUGUUUUUGUUCCCGUAAAGAUAUACAAUGCAAAGACAUCAUGUUAGAAGAUGUAGAUGUAGCUAAAGCAUUGAUUGAGUACGUUUCCCAGGCUGCAAUCGAAAAUUUGGUUCUUGGUGCUUCCGUUAAAACCGGCUUCCUUAGAUUCAAGAUGAGUGAUAUUCCUGGUAGUGUGGGAAAAGGGGCACCUGAUUUUUGCAAUGUGUAUGUGAUAUCAAAGGGAAAGAUUCAGUCAAUGAGAUCUGCACAGCGCCCAGCUCCGGCCAACUCUGCCUUACGAGCUGAAAUAAUGAAACAAUCUGAUGAUGAGCCACAACCACAACCAGCUAAUAAUAAUGCAAAAGUUUCCUUAUCCCUAUCCCCAUCUCACCCAUCAGCUGCUUCUGUUUUUGAAAAACCACCAAGAAGAUCUUAUGAUGAACUUGAAUACUUCAGGUCACCAUUUACUAGCAGAAGAGGGCCAAAUGGAAAGUCAUAUGGAGAACUUCCUACUAUGUCAGACAGUGGUGACAUAUCUUUUGUCAGCUCUGGAAGGCCAAGCUCUGGAAGAUCAAGUCUUGACCGUAUAAUACUACAACAACAACACCAACACCAACACCAAUCACAACAACCUCUGUCCUUAUUCCAUGACAACAUUAUUGACUCAGCAAAGACCUCACCUCGGAUGUCAAAUGGUACAGACAUUGACUUUAACCAGUACAGCUUUGAGUCUUUGCCUAAUGGACGAAGAUCGGUGGAUACAAUAUCUCCAUCUGACUUCUCUUCAACAUUUUCACAAGACAGUACUGACUUAUUAUCAUCUUCAUCACCAGCUAUGGAAGAUGUGGAGGCUGAAAUGAGGAGGCUAAGGCUUGAACUUAAGCAAACAAUGGAAAUGUAUAGUACUGCAUGCAAGGAAGCACUCUCAGCUAAACAGAAGGCCAUAGAACUCCAACGCUGGAAAAAUGAUGAAGAGAGGAGAUUGGAAGAGGCAAGAUUUGCUGAGGAAGCUGCAGUGGCAAUAGUGGAAAAGGAGAGAGCUAAGUCCAAAGCAGCCAUUGAGGCUGCAGAAGCUGCUAAGAGGAUUGCAGACCUUGAAGCACAAAAAAGAGUUAAUGCAGAAUUGAAAGCAAUCAAAGAAUCAGAAGAGAGGAGGAAAGCAAUGGAUGCUCUGUCAAGAACAGAUCUAAGGUACAGAAGGUACUCAAUUGAAGAGAUAGAGGCUGCAACAGGGUUUUUCGAUAAGUCCCGCAAGAUUGGAGAAGGAGGUUAUGGGCCUGUGUACAAAUGUUAUCUUGACCAUACACCUGCAGCUAUUAAGGUUCUUCGUCCAGAUGCAGCUCAAGGAAGAUCACAGUUUCAGCAAGAGGUUGAAGUUCUGAGCUGCAUAAGGCAUCCUAACAUGGUGCUCCUUCUAGGAGCUUGUCCAGAAUAUGGGUGCUUGGUUUAUGAGUUCAUGGCUAAUGGGAGUUUGGAAGACCGUCUCUUCUGUCGAGGAAACACCGCUCCUCUUUCUUGGCAACUCAGGUUUAGAAUUGCAGCUGAAAUUGGGACUGGCUUAUUGUUUCUCCACCAAACAAAGCCAGAGCCACUUGUGCACCGCGACCUUAAACCAGCAAAUAUCCUGCUUGAUAGAAACUUCGUUAGUAAGAUUAGUGAUGUUGGACUGGCCAGGCUAGUGCCCCCAUCUGUUGCUGAUCAUGUCACCCAAUACCGCAUGACAUCCACUGCAGGAACUUUCUGCUAUAUUGAUCCAGAAUAUCAGCAAACUGGAAUGCUUGGUGUUAAGUCUGAUAUUUACUCCUUGGGAAUCAUGUUUUUACAACUUAUAACAGCAAAAUCAGCAAUGGGAUUGACUCAUCAUGUGGAAAGGGCUAUAGAGAAAGGGACUUUUGCUGAGAUGUUGGAUCCAGCUGUGCUAGACUGGCCCUAUGACGAAGCUUUGAGCUUUGCUAAACUGGCUCUCAAGUGUGCAGAGCUAAGACGAAAAGAUAGACCCGACCUUGGCAGCGUUAUCCUCCCAGAACUCAACAGAUUGAGAGCACUUGCUGAAGAAAAUAUGCAGCUCACAUUGUCCCCUGGCGAUGAAAGUCCCCCAUUUAACUACAGCCAAGUCUCUGUUGUAAGUUUAAUUAACAUUGUUCUCAACCUUUGUUACUUCUCUGUUUAUAAAUCACCACCACAACCAGCCUGUCUCCUUCAAUCUCUUUUUCCUUAUCAUUAGCUACCAUAAAACCACCAGGAACACUAGUCACUCUUAAGAAAAAACUUCUAAUUUACUUCUUGGGGCUAGGAAUAAUAACCCAAAUUCUAAGCAUAAAAGGCUCUUACUUUCUUUCAACUACACUUGUCAGUAAGCAUAUCUUGACACAUGUUGGCUAGAAGACAAGAUUUUGAAAGUUCAGAAUGUUUUGAGUCAGUAACUUGAAACUUGCAGACAGUUUUAGUGAUGGAAAUUAAGUGGUUAUAGAGUAGCACUUGCAUUGUAGUUUUCCAGGAUAGGUUGAAGCCAUGACC